AUGGCGACCCUUGAGGGAAAGCGAAUAGGAGGAGCCGCUACACUAGUCUCGAUGCCAGGGAUUGAUAUAGAGCAAUGGAGUGAAAAGGGUUCGAAAAUCCCGCGAGCUUCUUCGGCGCUUCAUAUAUGCCAGGCCAUAUCGAAUUUGAAAUUCCGCGCAGGAGUCCUUUGCUUGCACGGAGAAGCACUCGACUCGCUGAACCAUGUCGUAUCUGACUUCAGCGGUGGGAGUCCGGCGCAGGCCAUCCUCCAGAAGCCAGAGGCGUGUGUCUUCGACGUUUUUGCCCUGUUGUUCAUGGGAGGAGAGUCGCUGGCUUCAUCUUUGCGGAUGGCGUUUGUAGCAAUCGGACCUGGUGUGUCGGGCUGGUUUCAAGUUCGAUUAUGGACGGGAGGUACGGAUAUCGACGGCGGGGUGCUGGGUAGGGCACCUAUGUACCUAGAUACGUGCCAUAUCCAAAUGGCUAUCAACCAUUAUCAUGCCUAA